UCAGUUUAGUUUGGCGUGAGUCGCCGUACUGUUCGGUAUUUCGUGUGUUGCUACGAUCGUUUUAUGGCCGAUGUCGUUCAUUUCCGUGGUUUAGUUCCAUAAAACGCCGCACAGUAUUCCGUGGCGCCAUUGUACGGACUCAUCGUAUUCCUGUCUAACCGUGUACUCGUCGUCGUCGCCGUCGUCGUCGAAUCAUCGUUGUCACGAUAAUUCUCGUUGUUGUGAUUUUUGAGCUUGUAUUACAUUUCCUUUUUAACGAGUCUGGCCAGGCCGUAGCGUAAUUACAGAGCUUAGUGCACAGUCGGCGGUAAGGUGAAAGUAAAUCCCGUCGGGUUUGCUCGAAUGCCAGGGAAGCUGGUUGUACGUCACGAAAUCGCGUAUACAUCGAGCACGCGACGUCACUGUUGUCUGGACAGCCCUCGUCUCGAUUUCGCAAGAGGGAGGACUUCAAGUUUGAACCCGAACCCGAAUACUGUAGCGACCUCGCAUUUCCUCUACAAUAUCAUUGGAGCACGAACGAUACGGCAUCGCUUUGUACAUUAUCACCGACAAUUAAGAGUAAGAAAAAUGUCGGGAAUAGGUAAAAGGACUUACCUCCGAGAGGUAAAUCCCUAUCUUAUUUGUCCUUUGUGCAGAGGAUAUCUUAUAGAUGCAACCACUGUCGUCGAAUGUUUGCAUUCGUUUUGCAGAAGUUGUAUUCUCAAGCAUCUCAACACAGAAGCUCAUUGUCCUUCUUGCAAACAUGUUCUCAACAAAGCUAAACCGAAUAUCAAAGCUGAUAAGGCGUUGCAAGAUAUCGUGUACAAACUGGUUCCAGGAUUAUAUCACAAAGAGAUGAGAAAGAGAAGAGAGUUUUACAAAAAACAUCCGGAGCAUGCGGAUUUAGCGACUCCAGAACAACGUGGAGAAGAUGUUAGCGGAAGAUUAAUUUUCGCUCCAGAAGAUGCUGUUAGCUUAAGCUUGGAAUAUUUACCGCCCGGAGCCGAUCCUAUGAGCAUUUUACUUAGCACCAACGAUGAUACGAAUAAUUCUAACGCAUCUAACAAUCAAAAUAAUAACAGUAACAAUGGUAGUAAUAAUGGUUAUAGUAAUAAUGCUAACAAUCAUAGCACAAAUACAACGAGUAGACGAUAUCUUCAAUGUCCAGCAUUGGUAACUAUUGCGCAUUUAAAAAAAUUCUUAGCUUCGAAAUACAACGUCGAUAUGACAAGGUACACGAUCGAAAUUUGUCAUCGACGUGCUCCGCUUCCGGAACACUGGACUCUCAUGGACGUCGCUUAUAUUUAUGCAUGGAAAAGGAAUGCACCAAUGCGAUUUUUUUACCGAGUUGCGUUAGAAGAGCAAAGAUUAGAGGCACCUCCUCACGACAGGCCUUCUACGCCAGGUUUGGGCGCCAGUUUUCCCCCAGCAGACACUACUACUGCUAUACAGAACAACAUUAAUUCGGAAAAUCUUGAGAACGAUAUAGAAUCCAAGUCAGAAACAAAAUCUAUAAAGGAUACAGAUGAAAAAACCACGUUGGACAAUCAAAAUGAGAUUUCGAAUGAAAAAUCGCGUUCUCCAAGUGAACAAAUAUCUACGAAUGAGACUAUUGAUAAUCAUAAAAUAACUAUUAAAGAAGAUCAAAUUAUAAGUAGUGUAGUAACAUCCACGACAACCACGACAUCAACGACAGUUUCUAUAGCAUCGACGUCGAAUAUUACGUCAACAACGACAGCUACCAACACAGUUGUUUCAUCGGCAACGACAACUACUAAUACAAAUAAUGUUUCAUCCACAUCGAAUAGUGAAAAUAAACAAAUUAAAACACCUAUAAAAAUACUCAAGAACUCAGAUGGAAGAUAUGAAGUUUUGAGAAGUCCGCCAGGAAGUUGGAAUUCGAAAGAGCAAAGCAUUACAAAUAUUGAGACAAAAUCUUCGAAUCCAGAAUUUAGUGUUGUAAGUAUAGGCAACGGACAGAAUUCGAAUGGAGUAAAGAUUACUUUAAAACAAUGUUCACCAAACAAUACAAGUCCAAACAAGCCAAAAGUUAUCAGUAAUGUACUACUACAUUGUGGCCAAGUAGACAAAGAUAGUUCUGAGGCUUUACUUAUUCAACAGUUACAGAGGAACAGAGAGAAACGUCAAAUAGAGAAACAAGAAGAACAAAGAAGAAGAGUAACUUUUAUGGAACGAUUGACUCCUGAGAAAACUACUAUUAGUACUACCAACAAUACUAAUAGCAAUACUUUAAAAAGUAUACAGAAAAAACCAGGAGAGCAACAAGAGAAAAAACAAUUCCUUCAAAGUUUUCAACUGACAGCUAGAGAGACGGGAUCAGAAAUAAAAUUAGAAUCUUCCUCUAAUGAAUUAAAUAUAAAAGAGGAGAUUAAUGAUACCCAAAACAAAGAUAAUGUCACUCCGAAAAAAGAAGAUGAUAACGCAACAGAAACUUCAAAUAAUAUAAAUAAUUCAAAGAAUAAAAGUAAUAAUGAAAAUAUCAGUGUAAAUGCAAGUGGAAAUAUUUCAAAUGUGAGUAAACCAGUAAGCGGAAUUAGUAACAAUGCGCGAAUAAACACGAAUAAACAAUGCAAUGAUAUAGAUACCUGCACGUUUGGUUACUCAAAGAGUACAAAUCCGGGUAUGAACAUCAGCAUUAAUAAUAACCCCGCAAAAGUGGAUGUAUAUACUUUUUCUAAUGAUCCACCUAUAGUUCCCGCGGGAGCAGUGAAAAGAAAAUGUCCACCAGGUUUACCAAUCUUUGAUAUCAGAAGAAAGAAACAACAACAAAUUCAAACUCAUAUCUCAAAAAAGCAAACUCAUAUACAUCCGUCUCCUAUUAUGCAAAAUAAUACAAAAUCACCUCGAAAAUUAACAACGGAACAUGUUAUUUCAACAAAAAGACCAGGAAAUAUAAUUGCAGAAGCUGGACCUAGUCGAACACUCGCGACACCAAGUUCAAAACCUUCCUCAAGUCCAAUACUUUCGAACGAUACAAGAAAUAUAUUAGAUGGUUGCGGAUUAAACAUUCCUGCAAGUCUCAGUAUAACUCUAACAGCACCAAAAUCACCUGGAAAUAGUGGUGGAUCUAUUGAACCAAAUGAUUCCAAAGACAAUCGAAAGAAUACUCUGGGAAAAGUAAGUCCAAGCAUUACUUUAAAUGAUAGAUCUGUCGAUCCACGAGUACUAAAGGCAUUAAAAGCAGGACAAAUAAGGAUGCCUGCACCGUUGAAACCAAGACAAACUAAGCAACCAGAGCGUGAUCAGCAACGACAAGCACUUCCUACUAAACGGAAAAGGGAUCAAGAAUCAAGAGAUAUUCUAGAUCUGAGUGGAGGAAAGAAGAUGGACAUACAUCCAUUAAGAAUACCACAACCAGUGACAAAACUUAAAGCAAAGUCAACAAUUAAAGACAUACCAAACAUUUCAGACCAGGGACAAAUUGUAACACUUGGUGGUCAUAAAUAUUAUCGUGCACCUCCAGGUUCUUUGACUCCAGCACCACAUCGUAUGAAUGAUUGUCCAAUUCCAACACCAUUGUCACGAGAACGAUCACCUGUAAUGUGGCGACCUGCUGAAUCGUCAGCUAUACGCAUGCCGCUGAUGCUUCGUGCCGAUCUUCUUCGAAUUCGAUCCGCCGAUGUCGGUGUACCAUCACAAACAGUGAAACUUAUAAUGAGUAAUACAAAAGAAAAUUCUACGGCUCCGGCAAAAAAUACAACCACAGGCAAUACGAAACCUUAUGGAAAAAUCGUAUUAACACUUCAAAAUUGUCUUUUACCUGAAGAGAAACUCAACUCGACGCCGUCGCAUUUAGAUGGAUUGGAUGCAGAAACCGAAACUGACCUAAGGAUAUUAGGAUGUGAACUAAUUCAGACAGCUGGUAUUUUAUUGAAAUUACCACAGGUUGCAAUGGCCACAGGACAAGUUAUAUUUCAACGAUUUUAUUAUAGUAAAUCGUUAGUUAGACAUAAUAUGGAAACAACUGCAAUGGGCUGUAUUUGUUUAGCUAGUAAAAUUGAAGAAGCACCUAGACGUAUUAGAGAUGUUAUUAAUGUGUUUAAUCACAUUAAACAAGUUUCUAGCCAAAAGCCAAUACAACCAGUAAUACUUGAUCAAAAUUAUGUAGCCCUAAAAAAUCAAGUAAUUAAGUCUGAAAGGAGAGUCCUAAAAGAAUUAGGUUUUUGUGUUCAUGUAAAACAUCCUCAUAAAAUAAUUGUUAUGUAUUUGCAAGUAUUGGGCUAUGAAAAAAAUCAUGCUUUGAUGCAACAAUGUUGGAAUUAUAUGAAUGAUUCUUUAAGAUCUGAUGUAUUCUUAAGAUAUCAACCAGAAACUGUUGCUUGUGCAUGUGUAUAUUUGGGAGCAAGACAACUUCAAUUACCUUUACCUACUUCACCUGCUUGGUUUUCUCUUUUUAAAGUUAAUGAAUCUGCAAUUAGAGAUGUUUGUCGUCGUAUAUUACGACUUUAUUUUCGACCUCGUGUUAAACCAGAACAAUUAGAAAAACGUGUAGAGGAACUUCGUCGACAAUAUCAGGAAGCAAGAACCAAAGCAAGAAGUGGAGAUGUCGAUAGCCACACACCUAGCCCACCACUGCCCAAACAUCAUAAUGCUUGGGGUGGAUUCAUUAGUCGUAGCGGUACUCAUGCUGCACCCGAAAGAACAAAGUCACCAAGGCGUUCAAAAUCUCCAAGUACUUCACCAUCUAGAGGUGAAGGAACAAAGCAUUCCAAGAGAAAAAAACAUAGUAGAAGCAGAUCUCGCAGCCAUAGUCAUGGACGAUCUCGAAAACCGAAAAAGGCGCAACGAAGGCGAUCUGGCAGUCACAAAUCAUCUCGUAGUCGUUAUAGAUCACGUAGUCGAUCUCGAGAUAGAGAUGUAGAAAAAUCAAGUAAACAUCGCAGUAAACACAGACGACAUUGAAUUAUUUAAUGUACAAAAAAUCAUUAUACAUAUAGAUAUCGCAAAAAAAAAGAAAUUACUGCGAACACAUGGGCUGUCACAUUCAAUUUGUAAUAUAAUAUGGGGCCUUUUUUUAUCUCUGUUAAUUAAUAUACAUUUAAAUAGAACAAAUAAUUUCUACUGUAUGGUACAUAUCUUGAGUUAAUUUAACAAUGAUAUAACAGUAGAUUUGAAAUAAAUUAUUUCUAAGAAUGUUGAGUCAAAGUACCUCGAGAUAAAUGGUACAUUCUUAAAAAAA